AUGAGCAGAUUUAACCCGCCUCUGCCCAAUCCGCGAUGCACGCCCCAUGUCUGGAAGUACUCGGAUAUUAAGCCUACACUCUUAGAGGCGGGCCGCCUUGUAUCGGAGCAACAAGCCGAGCGUAGGGUUUUGAUGUUUGUGAAUCCAUCAAGGGACGCGCCUUAUACCACAGAUACCCUGUACGCUGGGCUGCAGCUGGUUAUGCCUAACGAGACGGCCAAAGCUCACCGUCAUACUGCCUUUGCAAUGCGCUUCAUCGUUGAAGGUAAUGGCGGCUUCACUGCAGUUCAUGGCAAGCGCAUCCAGAUGACCCGUGGAGAUGUCAUCUUGACACCAAGCUGGAAUUGGCAUGACCAUGGAAAGGAUGGAUCCGGCCCAAUGAUCUGGCUCGACGGCUUAGAUUUGCCCAACUUCACUCACUUUCCCGUCCAUUUCGUGGAACAGUACUCAUCUCCGCGGUAUCCCGCAGAGGAUGUCGAUACGUCCCAGUCACCCAUUGUCUUCCCUUGGAGCAGAAUGAAAGCAGCAUUAGAUUCCGAGAAAGGUCAUUAUGCUACAAAGAGAUAUCUGCGCGCAGACGGCUCAGAAGUCAGCAAGGUUCUAGGGGGCUGCGCAACACGCUUGAACCCUGGCAUACAGUCACCUCAAGUUCAGGAGACUGCAUCAUCUAUAUAUCAUGUCAUUGAGGGCUCCGGUCAGACUCAAAUCGGAGAAAAGACACUUGUUUGGAACAAAGGCGACACGUUUUGUAUUCCCUCAUGGUAUCCUUUCCAGCACACUGCGGACGAGGGGCUCGAGGCUGCGGCAUACUUGUAUCGGUUUGACGACAUACCCAUGCUCAAGAGCUUGGGAUUCUAUCGCACAGCCGACCUGGACUUGGAGAGCCUUGUGUCAGCUUAG